AAGAUGAAGGCUCCUGUGGUCCUCUCCCUCAUCAGUUACCUCGUGGUGCCAAGUGGAGCUCGGGUCUUAGGGCGUUGCAAGGUGGCUAAGAAGCUCCAGGAAGGAGGCCUGAAUGACUUUGAAGGCUAUAGUCUUGAAAACUGGGUGUGCCUGGCUUACUUCGAGAGCAAGUUCAACCCCACCGCUGUCUACGACACCUUGCAUGGUGACUACACUGGCUAUGGCCUCUUCCAGAUCCGGAAUAACGGGUGGUGCGACCGCGGCAAGAACCGUUGCCACGUGUCAUGCUCUACUCUCCUGAAUCCAGAUUUAAAGAAGACAAUUGAAUGCGCCAAGAAAAUUGUACAAGGCAAGGAAGGGAUGGGAGCAUGGCCUUCCUGGUCCCUGAACUGUCAGAACUCCGACACUCUGGAACGCUGGCUGGAUGGGUGCAAUCUGUAG